UUGACGGGUACGGUGCGGUGACGUGACGGUCAGCUUUCAUAAUACAAUAAAAAUGGAGAAACUUAUUGAAGAAGUUAAAAAAUAUCCCAUGUUAUAUGAUCCAUCCGACGGAAAAUAUCGGAAUACGGAAUAUAAAGAAAAAGUUUGGAGAACGAUUGCGACAACGCUAUGUGCAAAAGGUGGUGCUAAAGAAUGCAAGAAGAAAUGGUCGUCUGUGCGCGACCAGCUACGUCGAACCAUUAAUAGGAGGAAAAAUAAAUCUGGACAAUCUGCUAGUAAAAUAAGGAAGUAUAUACAUGAAGAUAUUCUUCAGUUUUUGGUACCUUUUCUUAGCGAAAGAGAAAGCCUAUCUAAUGUAUCAGAGGAAUUAACAUUAAGUGAAGAGUCUGUUGAAUAUCUUUUGAAUACGGAUCCCUUAGAACAUACAACAGAUUUUACAAGUACAUCCUCAUCUCAACAUUCAUAUCACGAUUCAUUUGAACUUAAGAAAGAAACCCCCCGAUCGAUUACACAACCACUGGAAACAAAUCUGGUAGAUGCCUUUUUGGGCGCCAUUGCACCUAGUUUAAAGUCGCUAAGUCCGAUUCUUUUGCAUGAAGCAAAAGGGAGGAUUUUUGAAAUAGUGCAGGAGUUAGAGUUGAGAGAGCUUCAAAUGAAUAAAUAAUACACGCGAUUCAAAUGAAAAUACCAAC